GGAUGAGUUGAUUUUUGUUUAAUGAAUUGUUUCUUGUGCUUGUACUAAGAAUUGAGAAAUUUGGAAAAAAGUAGUAGUAGUAGUAUUAUUUGUUUUCAAGUUGAAUAAAAAUUUGAGUAGUUUUUGAAUUUUUCGUGAGUGAUUUGGAGUGAAAAUUGUGAAAAGCGGCUUUUUUGGAGUUUUUCGAAUUCCGGGGAAAAUUGUAACAAUUCUAUGCCUAAACAGUUUCCGGAAUAAAAUUCCAAAAAAGGUGAAAACUAUCCGUGGCCAAACGGGGACUAAGUAGGCGUUUGGGCAUAGGUUUGCAAAUAUUUUUCACUUUGUUUGGAAUUUAUGAAGUUGGAGUUGUGUUUGGUUAUACUUUUUGCAAAGAGAGAAUAGAGCAUUUUGUUUGGAAUUACGAAGACGGAGUUGGAAACCAGGUUAUAAGUUGUUUUUCAAAUUUCGGACUCUGAAGUUGGAUUUGGAAUUACGAAGACGGAGUUGGAAACCAAGUUAUAAGUUGUUUUUCAAAUUUGGACUCCGAAGUUAGAUUUGGAAUUUUCAUGCCCAAACACUGAUUUUGCAAUUAAAUGAAAAAUUAUUCCGGAAAAAAAGUGAAUAAUUCUCAUGGCCAAACGGAUCCUUAAAUUUUUUGCAGUUUCUCUGAGUUGGAGUUGUGAGAAAUUGGAGAUUUUAUUUCAGUUUAUUUGUUGGCUUUAACCAAAAGAUGUAGUUUAUUCAUUUUGAUUCCCAAAGGAUUUGCAUGAAGCUAGCUGAGGCUUGUAUAGUCAGAGGCGAGGCCUGGAUUUUUUAGUUUAUGGGUUCUAGACUGCAGUUCUUUUUGGUUACUGAGUUCAAAUUGUUGAUAUGUAUUAAAUGAACUUUUUAACACAAGUACAAGAUUUGAGUCAAAAGUUACUGCCGUACUGGGUGGCUUUUGAACCCGUAACUAUAAAUGUGGCUCUGCACCUGUGUAUAGCUAAGUUAUUCGGACUCGGAUGCAGGUGUCCGAUACGGGUGUGGAUCUAGAUGUCGGAUCCUUCAUGAUCUAAAUUUUAAGAUUCGGGGAUACAGAUCCAGUUAUGGAUACGGGUGUGGGUAUUCGGCUAAAAAACUUCAAAUAUCUAAAAAUAGAGUUAAAACUAAAUUAUGGUUAUUAUGUGGAAAACUUGAGGAAAAACUAUUGAUCAAGAGGAGAAUCCCCGAAGGAGAUAAAAGAGAACAGAGUGACGUAGAAAUUUUUAUAUACAAGGUAUUCCAUUUUCUUCAAUUUCACCUUAGCUUUAGUCUUGAUUAAAGAAAUCAUUGAAUCUGUCCCGAAUUUCUACGUCAAUUUUGGUCAAAGUAUCCAAAAUCAGUUGACCAGAUCGGGUACGGAUCCCACACCCACACCCAUGUCGUGUCGACACGGGUGCGGCACCGAAAGUGAAGAGUCCGAGUAACAUAGAUGUAUAGUAAAGGAUGUUGCGGUCUAACUAUGAACAUCCUGAUGCUAUGUGCUCAAGGCCUCAGUACGAAAUCUUGUGAUUUAUGAUUUUGGCAACUAUACCCUCAUUCCAUAUCUUUGUUUUUGUCCAAAUUCUGCAAAUGAUCGGUGUUUGGAGUAUCUUAGUAUUUGGUUUCCUAAGUGAUACACAUUAAACAGGCUAAAAUAUUGCUUUUUCAUCAAUCAAAAAUGACCUCAGGGACUUUAGCAUUUACUGUUGAUUUAUGCUGAUAUUCGUACCAUUGGUUUCCUCUCGUUCAAAUACUUCCUUCUUGAUUGCCAGAAAAUCCUCUUGUUGGAUAUUAUUUCCUAAGUGAUCAGUUUACUUGAUUAGUGAGGAAUGGAAAAUUUCCACAGCCUAUGAGCUGAAGGUGCUCACUUGUUUGGAACCCAAAUUUCUGGUUAUAUGGUUGAUUCUCUAUAGCAUAAUCCUGGAUUGCCUAAUCCCUGUGCUGAAGAUACCUCGUGCUCAACUGUGCGCACAUAGAUCUUUAUCAGUAAGUAUAUCCCUUCACUAGUCAUCAUUGCACUCCUCGCGGGUCAGAGUCUUCUGCACUUCUCAUGUUGAUCGGCAUCUGACUUCUUAUUGAUUGGGAGAUAUCUGGCAGAUAGCGUGAAUUGGUUGAGUUAUAAACUAAUGCUCAGUAAUUUGUUGUGUUUCUCCUACCUAGUCGUAUUGAUCCUAUUAGAAGUGCAGUUGUUGAUUCCUGCAUUCGUGUAACAGACAAUGGCAGAGAGAGCAUUCAAAGAAAAGUCUUUUUCAUUUUCACACUUUAUAACACCUCAAAUCAUAAUGAUCAGCUGAAGUUAGGAGCAAGCAGUCCUGAGGAAGCUGCAAAGUGGAUCCAGGCAUUUCAGGAAGCAGCUUUAAAGGCAGACAUGAACAGAGGAAAUGAAGUUGAUUUUCCAAGCAGGGGUUCACAGUCUUUGAGGUUAAAUUGUUCCAACAAGUCUUAUCGUCUGAAUUCGAUUGAUUGGACUGUCUGUUCAUCCUCAGUUACAGAUGCUAUGACGUCUGAUGUUGUUGCACCCUCGCCUUGGACAAUCUUCGGUUGUGAUAAUGGUCUUAGGCUCUUUAAGGAAGCUAAAGAUAGGGAAUCUCUUGGAAAGUGGGACGAUCACCCCGCAAUAAUGGCUGUUGGUGUAGUCGAUGGAACUUCAGAGGCCAUUUUUCAGACACUCAUGUCACUUGGUCCUUCAAGAUCAGAAUGGGAUUUCUGUUUCUACAAGGGCAGUGUGAUUGAACAUCUUGAUGGUCACACUGAUAUAGUUCAUAAGCUUCUAAAUCGGGAUUGGCUACCUUGGGGCAUGACAAGAAGAGACCUUCUUUUGCAGCGUUAUUGGAGAAGGGAGGACGACGGAACCUACGUUAUUCUGUACCAUUCAGUGUUUCACCAGAAGUGUCCACCUCAAAAGGGCUAUGUUCGUGCCUGCCUUAAAAGUGGAGGAUAUGUUAUAUCACCUGUGAAUCAAGGGAAGGGGUCAGUAGUAAAGCAUAUGCUUGCUAUCGACUGGAAAUUCUGGAAGUCAUAUGUACGAACAUCUGCAGCCAGAUCUAUAACAAUACGCAUGCUAGGGAGACUAGCUGCUUUGCGGGAGCUUUUCAGUGCAAAAAUAGGAAAUUACUUGCCCUCUGAUGUCUCAGGGGAGCUUGUCAAAAGCAAAAGAUUACGUCAAGUUGAAGAAGAAAUUAAGCUUGAAGUGCAAACCCGGUUAGAAAAUGGAAAGAAUGUGGCAGAUCCGGAGGAAGAAGUACCUAAAACACCUUCGAGCCUGAUGGGUUUAAAUGAUGCGGCCGAUGAGUUCUUUGAUGUCUGUGAGCCACUGGAUUAUGACCAAUCAGAAAAUGGCUGGUCUGCUGAUUUUGGCCCAGAGAUAUACUCUCAGGAUGCACGUCAUCCCAAAAUGUCAACUGCUGCAGUUUUCGUGAAAAAGCUGCAUGAUCUUGCAGUUCAGAAGAAGGGUUAUGUAGAUCUGCAUGAGAUGGCGAAGGAAGAUACAUCAUCUUGCCACUUUGGAUCCACCCUACCAAAAGAUUCAACUUGUAGUUUGCCUUGCAGUUAUACUGAAACAGAUCCUUCUACUUUUCUUAUUCGUAGUGAGACCUACCUAGAUGAUCGUAAGAAGAUUAAGGCAAAAGGCACCUUGAUGCAAAUGGUGGGUGCGGAUUGGUUGAAGUCUGACAAACGAGAAGAUGAUCUUGGUGGUCGACCUGGAGGAAUUGUUCAGAAAUAUGCAGCAAAGGGUGGUCCAGAAUUCUUCUUCAUUGUGAACAUACAGGUCCCAGGUUUAACAACAUAUACUCUUGCUCUCUACUAUAUGAUGAAUACCCCUUUAGAGGAUUCACCUUUGCUGGAGAGUUUUGUCAAAGGAGAUGAUGCUUAUAGAAACUCGAGGUUCAAGCUCAUACCAUACAUAUCCAAGGGAUCAUGGAUAGUCAAGCAGAGUGUUGGGAAGAAAGCUUGUCUUAUAGGUCAAGCGCUAGAGAUCAAUUAUUUUCGUGGAAAGAACUACAUAGAGCUCGGUAUCGAUAUUGGCUCAUCUACUGUGGCAAGAGGUGUUGUUAGCCUUGUUGUUGGUUACCUAAACAAUCUAGUCAUUGAGAUGGCUUUUCUUGUCCAGGCCAACACGCCGGAAGAACUCCCUGAAUAUCUUCUAGGGACUUGCCGUCUCAACCAUCUGGACGUCUCCAAAGCCGCUCAAGUGAAACCGUGAUCUUUGUAUAAUCUCGGCUGGUUUUUAAACAUUCUCAGUGUAUUGUUAGGUUAGUCCAUAUGCUUACAGGAAGUUAGGGUUAUUCAUUUGCACAGGAAACAUGAAUGACACUAUAUGAAAACUGUUGUAAAGUGACUAGUGAAUGUUGUCCUAUUCUUUGAUUCAAUCAAAAGCCACAUCAGCAGAGUGCUGCAUUAGUGUUA